AUGAGUGAAGUGCACCUGAGACGAGUAGACCCAUACAUGGUUGAAGUGAAGCUGGAUAGUGACCCUGUUAAUGUGGUCGGAGCUGCCAUUGUUAAAGUGAAAUACAAACAUCAAAGGCGGUACCUGCCCCUCAUUGUGGUUAAAGGGGACGGCCCCAGCCUGCUGGGAAGAGGCUGGCUGGAGGAAAUAAAUCUGAGUUGGAAAGAAAUCAAGCUCAGACACAAAUCCCGAGUCCUGAAACACCUGAAGACAGAGGACAAAUCGCUGCAGCAAGUACUGAGCAAACAUGAAAAUGUCUUCAAAGAGGAGCUUGGCACACUGAAAGUUUCCUCACUUGAACAAUACCCCAUACCCCGAAUGGAAGAUCUGUUUGCAGCACUGACAGGAGGAAAACAGUUCACAAAGUUGGACAUGAGUUAUGCAUACCAGCAAAUACUCAUGGAUGAUGAAUCAAAGAAAUACUUAACAGUGAACACGCAUCAUAACAUAUUCACAUACAACAGACUGCCUUUUGGAGUAGCAUCAGCCCCAGCUAUAUUUCAGAGGACAAUGGAAGGUCUCCUGCGAGGCAUUCCUUUCGUGGCAGUGUAUUUAGAUGACAUCCUGGUGAGCGGUGUGGAUGAGGAAGACCAUCUGCAGAACCUCGAGACAGUGUUGGCAAAGCUGGAGGAGGCAGGAUUGCGUCUGAGAAGGAGCAAGUGCACUUUCCUGGAAGAGGAAGUGGAAUAUCUGGGACAUCGAGUGGACGCACAGGGACUUCACCCUGUUGAAAGGAAAGUCAAAGCCAUCAUGGAGGCUCCCAACACCACAAAUGUUACUGAACUCAAGUCGUACUUAGGCAUUCCACAGAUGGGUUCCCCUAGAGUUCAGAGAUGGGCGGUGCACCUGAGUGCCUAUGAGUAUCACAUUGUGAACAAACCAGGAAAGAACAACGCUAAUGUGGACCCAUUAAGCAGACUGCCGCUGUCGGAAGAUGUGCAAGAGAGUGAGACCGCAGAACAAGUGCUCAUGAUUGAUCUUCUAGAUGACACACUCGUGGACACAGCCAAAAUAAAACACUGGACAGCUAAGGAUGUAAUAUUGUCUCAAGUUCAUGGUUAUGUCCUGUCGGGAGGGCCUUCAGUGACUGAGGCUCCUCUCAAGCUGUAUCAUCAGAGGAGAGAGGAACUGAGUGUGAGGGAUGGCUGCAUGCUCUGGGGAGCCAGAGUCAUCAUACCAAACAAAGGCAGGGAAAAGAUAUUGAAAGUACUGCACCAAACACAUUCCGGCAUGUCAAGAUCUUAUGUAUGGUGGCCUGGGAUGGACCAGGAUGUAGAAAAGGAAGUGCAGUCUUGUGAGGAGUGCCAAAAGCACCACAAGUCACCACCAUCAGCACCAUUACAUCCCUGGGAGUGGCCGGAGUCUCCCUGGAUGAUAAUUCAUGUGGACUAUGCAGGUCCUUUCCUGGGAGAGAUGUUUCUACUGAUAGUGGAUGCUCACUCAAAAUGGAUGGAUAUUUAUCCAGUGAAGUCAGCUACAUCUCAGGUGACCAUUGAAAAGCUGCGUCAGAGUUUCAGUGUUUUUGGACUGCCAAAAAUGUUGGUGUCAGACAACGGAACCUGUUUUACAAGUGCUGAAUUUGAGACUUUCAUGAAACAAAAUGGCAUCCGCCAUGUGAGGUCAGCACCGUUUCACCCGUCUUCUAAUGGGCUGGCAGAGAGGGCGGUCCAAACCUUCAAAGGGGGGAUGAAAAAGGUGAAACAAUGCAAACUAGACGGUCAAGGUUUCUGUUCAGUUACCGCAUCACACCGCACGCGACCACAGGCCUGUCGCCUGCAGAGUUGA